UUCGAUAAACACAAGCUAGCUGGACGUGGGUCUUUACCUAUCUGAUAAGACAGGUGAUAAGGGUAGGCUAUAGACUAAAAAAGUGACAAGACCACUUGACUAUCGUAAGAAUUGAACAAUGCCGACUGAAAAGGCUUUCGCUGCAGGUUCUGAAGUUCCCAGUCUGGAAACAGGGAAGCUCCGUAUAUACAGCAUGAGAUUUUGUCCUUAUGCAGAACGAACACUCUUGGUGUUAGCUCACAAAAAUAUCCCACAUGAGGUCGUCAACAUAAAUCUGAAGAGCAAACCAGAAUGGUUCCUCCAGAAGAAUCCUAUCGGCAAAGUGCCCGUCCUGGAACAAGAUGAUAAGAUCGUGUACGAGUCCCUCAUCUGUUGUGACUACCUGGACCAGGUGUAUCCCCAAAACAAACUGACACCUGAGGAUCCUUACCGCCAGGCUCAGGAUAAAAUGCUCGUUGAACAUUUCAGCCAGUUGACGACGGACUUCUAUAAAACUUUACAAGCACCUGCAGAAGAGAAACCAGCGGGACUGAAAAAACUUCUUGAGCACUUGUCAAGAUUCGAAACUGAAAUAGGGAAGAGGGGGGAUUUCUUUGGAGGUGAGAAAGUGAUGAUGAUAGACCUUAUGAUUUGGCCCUGGUUUGAACGAUUCUUUAUCUUGGAAAAAGUGCUUUCGCAAAUGAUUGUGACUGAAGAAUCUAUGCCAAAAUUAAGUGCAUGGACACAGCGGAUGUUGGGAUGCCCAGCGGUACAGCAGUGCCGCCAUCCCGAGGAAAGACAUUUGGCGUUUUUCCAAAGUUACAAAACUGGGGUUCCAAACUAUGACGUAGGUUUGGAAGAAUGACAUCUUUGCUGUUGACAGUAAAAAAAUUUGAUCGAUUGGAUGAAAUGAAUAGAAAUACUCUUAUACCCUAUUUAACAGUAUUCAUAUCAUACUCCUCCAAGCCACGAUGUUACACUCGUAGUUACCAUAUACUUAAAUCUUGUGAAAAUACAA